CCCCCAAGAAUCGAAGAAGCGACAUCAUCGCGUCGAUGACACACAAGCAUGCCAAUUGCGAGGGCCUGAAAUUGAAUCAUAUUUUACAAAAUGGCUGAUGAGCGUUGGAUCCUGUCCGUGAUUUCUGAGGUUUCAUUUACAGCUUCACCGCAUCUGAAACGGUUGAGGGAGGAUUACAACAUCGUUUUUUUGACGGACUUCGAUAAGGACAGAGAAUCCUUCUACGACAAACUAAAAGUCAUCAUCCUUUCGCCUGCUGAUAAUGGAAUGGAAAUCAAUGAAGAGUUUUUAAGGAAGUCAAGGAAUUUGAAGGCUCUGGUGACGAUAAGCACGGGAAUUAGCCACAUCGAUAUACCGCUACUCCGAAAGUUCAACGUUAAGGUAUACAGUGUCUCGGGUUCAGUCACAGCCGAAACCACGGCAGAUCAGGGCUUCCUACUUAUGAUGAUGGCUAGCAGGCGUAUAAUGGAAUUCGUUGAAGUAGCCAAAACUUACACGGGGUCGUCUGUGGAGGAGGAGGCGUCUACGUCUUGGGAGGUACCUUUAAGGCUUAUCGGUCAUGACGUUCAUCACGCCACCCUUGGCAUUGUGGGAAUGGGAUGGAUUGGGUUUGAAGUAGCCAAACGAGCCAAAGGUUUUCAGAUGAAAGUCUUGUACCACAAUCGGCAUAGACGAGAUGACGAUGUUGAGGUCGGAGCGACAUAUUGCCCAACGUUAGAAGAUCUUCUGCCUCAUGUCGACUACCUGAUGCUGACCCCACCCCUGACGGAGGAAACCAGGGGCAUGAUGGGAAGGGAUCAAAUGAAACUCAUGAAAGCAUCUGCCAUUAUCAUCAAUGUAUCUAGAGGUCCCAUCAUUGUGACCGAUGACUUGGUGCAGGCGCUGAAGGACGGUACGAUAGGGGGCGCUGCCCUGGACGUGACCGACCCCGAGCCCCUUCCCAUCAACCACCCACUCCUGCAUAUGCCGAACGUCAUCAUCUCCCCCCAUGUGGGCAUGUACACCCGCGAGGGCAUCGCAAGGAUUACAUCGGCUUCCGCGGAGGAUGUCAGAACAGCCAUGGAUGGUGGAGAGUAAUGAGGCAGGUGUUUCGUAAAGCUGUUUUUACCACAAUAAAUAUUCACCAAUCCUCGCUAUUGACAAUAACCAAAGGGCGGCACAACAUUUGCUCCUGCGACAUUUGCUCUGAUUUGAACACCUGAGAGGGCAUAGGGUUAGAGAUAGGAUUGUAACAGUUUUUGGUUCAGAAUAAUUUAAAUAUAAAGGAUUAGGGUUUAUUAAGUUUUGGGAGGUCAGAAUUUUUGUUUGGCCUAAUGUGCAGACUUUCCAUCGGAGCAAUGGUCAUAUGAGUUAGUAAACUGAAUGUGUACUGUAAGGGAUAUGUGCUCCAAUUGGCUCUCCAUAGUUAAACCACAACUUUAAACCAGGGUUUGAUUUAAACCCGAGUUCAGAAUACGGGCCACUGGGUCACUCAAGGAAAUGGCGUGAGCUGCAUCCGGGAACUUUUGGUUAUCGUCGAUAGCGAGAAUUUAGUGUACAGUCGUGCACAUUGUCAUGCGCGACUUAUAACACUCAACUCUUUGCCAGCCUUGGACACAGUCCUUCCUGUGUCUCAUUAUUUAUUUAAGGGUGCAACCUAAAGAGGAUCUUGCUACAGAUUAUGCAAAUCAACUCACAAUAACUUUUGAUUGGUUUGCAUGUGUGUGUGCAAGCUCCAGCCAGCCUAUGGAUAUCGAUGGUAAAAAUGGAUGAGAUCACAGAUUCCAAUAAUAGACCUACCAUUUAUUUAAAAAAAAAGGCCUCGGAUAAGCUUUCAUUUUUUUUCUGGUAGAAAUUAUCGUGGUAAUCUUAUUAGAUGAAGGCAAAGCUAUAUUGUCCGUGCAGUUUGUGUAAAUGAAUUAUAUUCUGGGAUGAAUUGUUUUUGCAGACUACCAUUUUUUUUUAUUUUGGAUAAUAAUU